AUGGUAGAUCCAGCGAAGAUUGAGGCUAUUCGUGAUUGGGCUAGGCUCACCUCAGUUACUGAGAUUCGGAGCUUCGUCGGACUAGCAGGCUACUACAGACGAUUUGUGGAGGGUUUCUCUACCUUGGCAGCCCCUCUGACCCGGUUGACUCGUGUUUAUGUUCCCUUUGUUUGGUCAGAGGAGUGUGAGGCGAGCUUUUUGAGGCUCAAGGAGUUAUUGACCACCGCUCCUAUAUUGACUCUUCCAGUUGAGGGCGAAGGCAUCACGAUUUAUUGUGAUACAUCCGGCGUUGGCAAGGCGAAUUUGGUAGCGGACGCCUUGAGCCGGAAGGCAGUGAGUAUGGGUAGUCUAGCCUUCUUAUCUGUUGAGGAUCGACCUUUAGCUUUGGACAUUCAGUCCUUAGCUAAUAGCAUGGUUCGGUUGGAUAUCUCAGAUUCUAGACGCGUCUUGGCCUUUAUGGAAACGCGUCUUGGCCUUUAUGGAAGUUCAGUCGAAGAACUUUCUCUUAAUUCUUCUAAAGUUAAUCUUGUUGAAUCUUCUGGUGCUGUUGUGAAAGACAGGUUCAAAGGCAAACAGAAGAAAGUCUUGAAAAAGGAACAUAUGAAGAAGAAAAAUCAAUUCAACAAGCCGGAGAACCAAAUUCAAAAAUCUAAGGGUCCUUGUUUUGUUUGUGGAAAACUUGGUCACAGGGCUGCCAAUUGCUAUCAAAGAAAAGGGCAGGACUUAAAGCAGGAAGAACAAAAUGAUGUCCAAAUUCAUCUUGUUGUAAUGAAGUGA